UUGCCUCAACCAGGCUCUUCCCACCAUGUCUCCUCUUGCGUUAAAUCUAGAACAAAAAAGAAUGGUGGAAGGAAUACGAAUCGAAUGGCAUUGGUGGUAGCUUCAACAUCUCUAUCUUUUUCUACAGAGAGAAUCACUCGUCGUUUCACAAAUUCACUCUUCAAAUCCUAUUUUAUUACGAAGAUUAACAAGAGCAAUCUAGACCCACCAUUGCAGCAAUGGCAAACAAGAUCAAGAAUCUCGUUUAUUAUGCAUAACCAUAAUGUUGUUGAUUCAUAUAAAGGUGUAAAAAGAGCUUCAUUUCAGCUUCCUCUGUUACUACUACCUCUUCGUGUUGGUCGAGGUUCAUCUCUUCCGUUUCUGCACAAAUUCAUUUCAUCUCCUAUGUCUUCCUUAAAUUCCGAUGCUAACCCUGAUGUUAAAACGGUUAGAGCUGUGAUUAAGGGGAGAGUGCAAGGGGUGUUUUACAGGGACUGGACUGUGGAGAAUGCUAAGGAAUUGGGGUUAAAAGGUUGGGUUCGAAAUCGGAGGGAUGGAUCGGUGGAAGCUUUGUUUUCUGGAAGCCUGGAAAAAGUUCAGGAAAUGGAGCAGAGGUGUCGGAGAGGUCCACCAUCUGCUAUUGUCACUGGACUAGAUGUGGUCCCCUGUGAUGAUGACCCCGGAAGUGGGUUUGAACGCAAACAAACUGCUUGAUCAUAGGCUAGCCUUUUGGAUAGAAAACCAGGAUUAUUACUCUGCAGAUUUCAUCGGUGAAUCAUCGAUCCUCGAGGCUGCAGUUUGCCAAGCAAAUCAAAGACGAUGAGUAGACUGGAAGCUUUACUCCAUCACAGCUAAAACAUUCUGUAAGAUUUACUUUUAUGUAGUUUCAGUAUCCCCACAUCGGUUGUGAUCGAUGAGAAAUGUGGACAAUUUUCACUUCGUGAGCUUGUUUAAGGAGCUGAGUUACGCUCAAGGUUCAUUUUCUUAUCACGUGA